AUGGCUUGUAAUUGGUCCGCCGAGAACGCCACAAACGCCUUCCUGAAAACCCUGAAAAUGGUCAAAGAGCAGGGCCGUCAACGAUCCAAAGAGCCGGAAUCGGCCGAGUUCAUCUCCGCGCUAGCGGCGGGGAACAACUCCCAGCUCAUCGUCGUCGCCUCCGCCGCCCCCACCGCCGCCACGUCAUCCAUGCUCUCCGCCCUGGUGACGGCAGCCCACCAGACGGGCGGGCGUGUGGUCUGCAUCCACCAGGCCCAGCACGAGACGGAGCUGGCGAGGCGGGCCCUGGGCCCGCGGUCGCGGCAGGUGGGCUUCGUGACGGGGGAGGCCCACGAGCUGCUGCUUUCGGCCCACGCGGACUUCGUGCUCAUCGACUGCCACCUGGACAACCACGAGGGGAUCCUGGGAGCCGUCCAGCAGCAGGCUGGGAGUAAUCAAAACGGCGCCGUUGUGGUGGGUUACAAUGCUUUGGGGAGCGGGUCGUGGGGAUCCGCCGGCGGCGGGCGGUGGAGGACCCAGUUGCUGCCGAUCGGGGAAGGGCUGCUGGUGGCCCGGAUGGCGCCGCCGGCGAGGAAUAAGAAGAGCCGGUGGGUGGUGAAGGUGGAUAAAUGUACCGGGGAGGAGCACGUGUUUAGGAUCCGGUCCCCACAAGGGAAGAUUGGAGCUUAG